UCACCCAACUCAGGACUCCGGUCAACUCUGUUAGCUUGGAUCGCUUCUUGACGAAGUUAUAUUAAUUAAUUACGUCGCAACAUAUUAAGACUUGAAUACACAAAGGGUAAGUGUUUGAUAUUCCUUCCUACCUGGUGCAAAGUUACAGAGUUGUUAGAUAGACAGGUCAGAAAACAACUGAUUAAACUUUAUCAUGCAUUUGUUUGCACCAUAUCAGGGCCGGUCCAAGACUUUCUGGGGCCCAAAGCAGAAUUGGUGCUUGAAUAUUGUUGAUAGAAAUGUAACACUAUACAUUGGAUUAUUUAUAGCUAUGUUAUUUAAAUCUAACCAGUGUCACUUUUCUUUUUUAAAUUAGAGGGUAGUAAAAUCACAAAAAAAUGGCCAAGUAUUAAUUAGCACGUUUGUAUAGUAUUAUAUCUAGAUUUCUUUAAUAUGUUAAAAUGUUUUGGUUUCUUUUCUUUUUUCUUUACACACUGAUGUUCAGCAAACUAAAGUUUAGUUUGCUUAUGUCUCUGCACUAUAUUACCUUAUCUUCAAAAUCAACGAGACAUGCUACAACUUACAUGUAGUGUAUGUGGUGUGGUGUUUUUGUUUACACAAGGAUAUUUUAUGUUUUUAUCAAAUCUGUGAAUUGCAUUACACACGCUGCACAUGCUAGACAUUUUUAUUGUUGUAUUUAUUCCUGUAUUUGAUUCUUGCAAUGCAGAGUUUUUCCCUUUUAUAGUUGUCAUCUAUAGUCUAUGACAUACAGCAUACAGCAAAUAUAUGCAUACCAGCAAAUAAACUCAGUCAAUAUUCACGUUUUGGCAGCGGUUCAGUGAAAGUUAAUAGAAGGCAUUUCCAUUGGAAGUGGUGAGCAUUAAAAUAAAUCAUGUGCAUGCUAAACAAAAAGAUACAAACUUAAUUGUGUUCAACAAUAAACUGAUAAAUAAACACAUUGUUAUUGAUCUGAUGUUUUUUUUUUCUUUCUUCUUUCUUUUUCUUUAUAAAAUGAGUUUGUUUUUUACAUUUGGGGUGAAAGCUUCAUUGCUGCCUCCAGCCAUGCCUUAUAUUAAGACACCUCAGAAAAAUGAACCACUGACAAGACAGCUGGACGUGAAGUCGCAGAAAUGUGGACUGCGACACACAGUUUACUCACCCACUGGGAAUGAAUACACUGGUGAAUGGCAGGACAACAAGAAACAUGGGAAGGGAACUCAGAUUUGGAGGACGUCUGGUGCCAUUUAUAACGGAGAGUGGAAAUUUGGCAAAUAUGACGGAUACGGUACCUACAGUGAACUACUGCCAGAAACAAACAAAUAUGUCAGAAAGUACUGUGGAACGUGGAAAAAUGGAAAGAAGCAUGGUGAAGGGACCUUCUCCUACAGUAACUCUGACGUUUAUGAGGGGGAGUGGAGUGAAGGACAAAGGAGUGGCUGGGGAAAAAUCUAUUACAAGAAUGGGGAUAUCUACGAGGGAGAGUGGAUGAGGGAUAAGUGUCAUGGCCAAGGCAUUAUUCAAUUUGCAAAUGGGAAUUGGUAUGAAGGUGCCUGGCAAUAUGGCAAGAGGAACGGUGAUGGAAAGUUCUACUAUUCUGACAAAGGGCAGCUAUAUAAAGGAUUGUGGGUGGAUGGAGUGGCAAAAUGUGGGACCCUGACUGAUUGUGGGAGGGAUAACGCACCAAUGCCAACAAAAUAUCCAAUUCCAAAGCUAGGUCUUGUGGAUGCAGAGUUAGUUUUAAAGGAAGCCCGGUCAGUGUGAAUUGAUCGAUACUGAUGAACAACAAGAGGAUCAACAGCAAGUUUUCACCCAAUGCACAAACAAAAUAACAUCUCAGUAUUUAGACAAAAAUAUUUACACUCAAAUAUUUUUCUGUGGAACAAUCUUUUAUGAUUUAACAUUCCAAUCAAAAUAGAAAAAUAAAAUAAAAUAACGGUGCUGAAUUACACGUUCACAGGCUAACCAAGCGGUUUAUAUGAUACAUUUAGUACAUGUUAAAUAUUUUUUAUUGUAUUCACUGGCAACUAUUAGACUUUGUUAUAUUAGCUGAUAUUAGCUGUUAGCUGAUAAACAAGCCACUCUUAAUUAUUCAUUAGGAAAGCUCUGAUACUAUUAAGAGUUUAACGGAUUACUUAAUUAGUUUGUUUCCACAAUUAGAGGACAAUCGCCUCUUCUUAUCUGAAUAUCUGCAUCCAACCAGCUAGAUCACAAUGUUCUGCUUUCUGAACAUUAACAAAUGAAUCUCCAGCUGAAUCUCCAGGUCUACCUCCUCUAACUCAGACAUUAUCUGUUAUCAACUGGUUUGAAAAUGUUGUAUUGUGACUAAAUAGUUUUAUUAUCCAGACCAAAGUUAGGUUAUAGUAAAUAUUGAUUUGAUAGACAAGCACUCCAAUGGCACUGCUUAAGAGUGAAUGAAGGAACGCAGCUUGCUCAUUGUGAAUUUACAAAAUGAAGCACAGGGAAGUGUGUUAUACAGAUAAGUUAUUCCACAAUGAGAUGUGAUUAUGGAAUAUGUGUUAUGUUAAGUGAAAAUUCUUUAGAAAAGAAUUAUUUGCAUAAAUAAUUUCAUAAACUUUAAAUGUUGUGGAUGUGACUUAAUACUUUGUAACUUCAGAAACUAUGAAAGCCUGUUUCUGUAAAAAAGUGUUUAUUUCAUAACCACAGUCUGUGCGCUACAACAUGUCAGCAAAUUUGCUCAAACAAUAUUCAAGUUUUAGGCCUCUGUGGAGACGGUCUACACAGGGGUUACAAAAGCAAGCAGUGAACACCUACAAUAGAUCAUGUGCACAGUGAACAAGGAGUUAAAAGUUGAAUACUUGUGGUUCACAAAAAUAAAUAAAUGCAGCAAGCAACA